GGCCAGCCUGCACUGCAGCUGCAGUGCCGCCGCACCGCACCCCUAUAAAAACCAAGGCAUGCAGCCUGCAUACAGAAGACACACAGCAGCACACACCAAGCUAGUUUGAUCUAUACGACGACGCUUUAGAAGCAGCAGUAGCACCUUGAUCACUUACUCUCUUCGAGCUAGCAAGCUCUUGCUGCAUUAUUGCAAGAGGAACAACGAAGGAGAAGAGCUAGGGGGACCAAGCUACUGCGGGAGGGAGAAGGGUGUGUGCCGGCCCGCCGCCAAGCACUGCUACCCGGCCGGCGGCCAUGGAGGUGAGCUCCGUGGAGUUCGGUCAUCACGCGGCGGCCGCCUCAAAGUGCUUUGACGACGACGGUCGCCUCAAGCGCACAGGGACGAUGUGGACGGCGAGCGCGCACAUUAUCACGGCCGUGAUAGGGUCCGGGGUGCUGUCGCUCGCGUGGGCCAUCGCGCAGCUCGGCUGGGUGGCAGGCCCCACCGUCAUGCUGCUCUUCUCCUUCGUCACCUACUACACAUCGGCCCUACUCGCCGACUGCUACCGCUCCGGCGACGCCUGCACCGGCAAGCGCAACUACACGUACAUGGACGCGGUUAACGCCAAUCUCAGUGGCGUCAAGGUCUGGUUCUGCGGGUUCCUGCAGUACGCCAACAUCGUCGGAGUCGCCAUAGGCUACACCAUUGCCGCCUCUAUUAGCAUGCUGGCGAUCCAGAGGGCGAACUGCUUCCACGUGGAGGGGCACGGGGACCCCUGCAACAUCUCCAGCACGCCCUACAUGAUCAUCUUCGGCGUCGUGCAGAUUUUCUUCUCGCAGAUCCCGGACUUCGACCAGAUAUCGUGGCUCUCCAUCCUCGCCGCCGUCAUGUCGUUCACCUACUCCACCAUCGGCCUGGGCCUGGGCAUCGCGCAGGUGGUGUCCAACAAGGGCGUGCAGGGCAGCCUGACGGGGAUCAGCGUCGGCUUGGUCACCCCGGUCGACAAGAUGUGGCGCAGCCUGCAGGCGUUCGGCGACAUCGCCUUCGCCUACUCCUACUCGCUCAUCCUCAUCGAGAUCCAGGACACCAUCCGCGCGCCGCCGCCGUCCGAGUCCAAGGUCAUGCGGCGCGCCACCGUCGUCAGCGUGGCCGUCACCACGUUCUUCUACAUGCUGUGCGGGUGCAUGGGGUACGCCGCGUUCGGGGACAACGCCCCCGGGAACCUCCUCACGGGCUUCGGCUUCUACGAGCCCUUCUGGCUCCUCGACGUCGCCAACGCCGCCAUCGCCGUGCACCUCGUCGGCGCCUACCAGGUCUACUGCCAGCCCCUGUUCGCCUUCGUCGAGAAGUGGGCGCGCCAGAGGUGGCCCAAGUCCCGCUACAUCACGGGCGAGGUCGACGUCCCGCUCCCGCUCGGGACCGCCGGCGGCCGGUGCUACAAGCUCAGCCUGUUCCGGCUGACGUGGCGGACGGCGUUCGUGGUGGCCACGACGGUGGUGUCCAUGCUGCUGCCCUUCUUCAACGACGUGGUCGGGCUCCUGGGCGCGCUGGGGUUCUGGCCGCUCACCGUCUACUUCCCCGUGGAGAUGUACAUCGUGCAGAAGAAGGUGCCCAGGUGGAGCACGCGGUGGGUGUGCCUGCAGCUGCUCAGCGUCGCCUGCCUCGUCAUCACCGUCGCCUCCGCCGCAGGCUCCGUUGCCGGGAUCGUCUCUGACCUCAAAGUGUACAAACCGUUCGUCACCACCUCCUGAUCGACCGUACGUCCUAGCUUCCGUGCAGUUCAAAACACAUACGCACGAACAGAUCAUUAAUUGGCGCCUAGUAUAUAUGUGCAGUCUUUAAUUAAAUUAACUAGGCAUUAAUCGAUCGAUUACCACUACGUCGUUCUAGUGAUGCGCGUAGCUUGCAUCAUCGCUCGCUGAUUUAAUUUCCAUUGUUUUUCUUUGAUGAUCUGGUUAGCCGAAAUGGCUAGUGAAUUAAGAGAAAACAAAUAGUAGCAGUACUGUGUGAGUAAUCCCAAGUCAAAUACGUUAUUGAAGUUGUCGGCGGUACAAAACGCUUGUAAAAUGUUUGUGUUUCAAUUAAUCAAGAAGAAUUGUACGUGUUUCAUAUA